AUGGUCCAUUUGAGUUCCAUCUUGUCCAGGACUGGUUUCUUCUCUGCUGCCAGGAUGGCAACAUUACUUAGAACUGUGUGCCCCAGCCUCUUCUGGAUGCGUUCAGUAGCAGCUUGUAAGCAGGCCCCGCUGCAGAAUGGAGUUGUGUGUCGUGCUUGCCAUAAAUCUACAUAUUCAGUUCUCCCUGAAGACUACAACUGCAAAGUGGAACUUGCAGUGACAUCAGAUUUGAAGACAAUUGUCUGCUACCACCCGUCGCUUGAGAUUCCAUAUGAGCAUACAAAACCCAUACCACGGCCAGAUCCAGUGAAUAAUAAAGAAGAAAACCUCGAUCAAGUUUUGAAAUCCAGAUUGAAUGAAAAAGAGCUAAAGAAUGAUGAAGGUCCUACAAUCGAAGAGCUCAGCAAAAUGUUUUACACAACAAAACAUCGCUGGUAUCCUGUGGGACAGUAUCAUAGAAGACGCAGGAAUCCUAAUCCUCCCAAAGACCGAUAACUGGGACAACUUCUUGUUCAUAAGCACAUUACUAGUAAUCUUUACUGGAAAUAAAAAUUACGGAAAGUGA